CAUACAAUAGAACUUCCACGGUGUCGACGAAUUCUAUCAUCUCUCUGGGGAUUUUCUUCCUCCCCGGAAAAUGGAGGGAAGUACUCUCUCCCGCUUUUCCAUUUCUUAUUCAAAUUUCUCUCCAUGCGAGAGGUCACAGUCGCAACCUGCGAAAUCGCCACUGUCGAAUGGUUUACUUUCAUAUCGACUGAUUGAUUCUGGAAAGAGGUGUAACGUUUCUUUAAAAACUUUUAGUUUAGCUAAAAGGACCAAGGACUACGAUUUCGACAGUUCUCGUCAUCGAGCGCAUGAUAAGACCCAGAAGUUGAAUUUGGAGGUUUCACCACAUAGAGCUGUGUCUGCAGUGAGAUUGAUGAGGAUAGAGUUAGGGGGUGCUUUUGCUGACCUUCUGAAUGAGAAAGGAAAGGGAUCUGGGAAAAAUGAGAUGGCAUACAUUGAAAGGACCCUUGGAUUUCGCACCCGGGACUUGGAUGAUAGAGAUCUCAGGCUGGUGACAGAGAUUGUAGGAGGUACUAUUCGUUGGAAACGGUAUCUGGAUCAUCUGAUAACAUCACUAUGCCAUGGCGAGAGAGCAUUUAGAAGCAUGGAACCUCUUCUCGUGCAGAUCCUACGAAUUGGUUGCUAUGAGAUUGACAAGUUAGGUAUACCGCCAUAUGCUGCUGUGGAUGAGUGCGUUAGGAUUGCAAAGGUUGCUCUCAGGCCUGGUGCAGGUAACAUGGUGAACGGGAUUUUGCGGAAGUUAGCCUUGCUCAAGGACAAGAAUUUUCUUCCUCUGCCCAAAGUGGAAGGUGAUGAUCGUUCUCAAGCACGUGCGCUUGCCAUUCUUUAUUCCCAUCCAGUUUGGAUGGUAAGGCGCUGGACAAAGUCUCUUGGGCAAGCAGAAGCAGUGAGGCUGAUGAUGUGGAAUAACAGCGAACCCAGUUUCAGCCUCAGGGCAAACAAGAAGAAAGGUUAUACAAGAGCCGACCUUGCGACACAGCUUAACAUGUUGAAGGUUCCACAUGAGACUUCUUUGCAUCUGGAUGAUUUUGUCCGUCUUAAAACUGGCAUGCAGGUUGUCAUACAAGCUGGAUUACUGAAAGAAGGUCUUUGUUCAGUUCAGGAUGAGAGUGCAGGUCUCAUUGUAUCUGUUGUGGAUCCACAACCCGGAGACACCAUUAUUGACUGUUGUGCAGCACCAGGAGGCAAGACUCUUUUCAUGGCAUCAUGUUUGGGUGGCCAAGGUAUGGUAUUUGCAAUUGAUAUAAACAAAGGUCGGUUAAGAAUUCUAGAGGAGACUGCCAAGUUGCAUGAAGUUGAUGAUGUCGUCACCACUUUCCAUUCUGAUUUUCGUAUCUUCGCUAAAGAGAAACCAUUGAAGUCUGACAAAGUAUUGCUGGAUGCUCCCUGUUCGGGCCUGGGUGUUCUUUCCAAGAGAGCGGACUUGCGGUGGAAUAGGAAAUUGGAGGAUAUGGAGCAACUGAAGAAUUUACAGGAUGAUCUACUCAAUGCUGCUUCAACGUUGGUGAAGCCUGGGGGAUUAUUGGUUUACAGUACUUGUUCCAUAGAUCCUGACGAGAAUGAGGAGCGAGUGACUGCAUUUCUUCUUGGGCAUCCGGAAUUUUGCAUAGAUCCUGUUGAUGGAUAUGUUCCACCUGAGUUUGUAACAGAUAAUGGCUUCUAUUUCUCAAACCCUGUGAAACAUUCUCUUGAUGGAUCCUUUGCAGCUCGUCUAUUACGGUCCUUAUAGAAUAGCUUAAGGCUUUUGCAGGUGAUUGACAACUUGGCCGAAGCAAUGAGUGGGUCACCAUGAAGAUAUACAUGGGAUUACUGUUUGAGAAAUGCUUCAUGUCAUUAGAAACGGAUGAUUCGCAUUCCACAUGAACAGAAUUGAUCUGAAGACAAGACAGAAAAUGUGAAAGCAGCCACAUAGAGGCCUGCUGCCCGAAUGGCAAGCUCCAACUGCGAAGGGAUAUAUGACACAGAUCUUGAAGGGCAUUGGAUUGUGCAUUGAAUCCUGAAUUUUCUGGCUUGCCGCAAGUGAAUCAAAAUCCUUCUUUGGCCACUCGCCAGAUAUUGGAAAUAGUGAGGCAAUGUGUUUCUAGCCCUUCAAACUUUAAUUUAUUGCUGAUCAUUGAUUUUUUUUCUUUCUUGAGGACAGUUAAUGACAGUUAGUGAGUCGCUUUAUCAACCAAUCUCCCAUGUUCCGCCCAUUGAUAGGAUCAUUGGACGGUUAAGUGGUAAAAUUAUGUCAGUAUGUCUCAUGUCCAAUGCUGGAAGGCAUUGUGGUAUAUAGCUAUCAAUGCUUCAUUGCAGUUCAACUAGCAUUUAAAUUAAGUGAAUAUGUUGUUCAUAUCAUCAUCUAGUUAUAAUUGAUUUGCUCUGCCA